AAUUCACCAAAAAUAAUGUCAACUGAGAUGUCACAUCUUUGAAACUCAUUCAUCGUCUUGAUUGUUAUACUUGGUAUCUCCGUCACAUACAGGAUGAUACCAGGCCUUUGACUUUGAACAUAUGCAAGCGCACAUUGCAUAGCAGAUGCUCUCUGAUCUGACCUUCAUUGAGCGGCGCUUCGGUCAACUCAGUACUUGCUCGCUUUCCUGGUAGGUGAUACCCAUUAGCCAGACGGUCUGAGGGGAAAUGGCUACCGUAGUCUAUACGAAGCCUCCUCAAGAUGGCAGUGUUGGGACGCUGUUCGAAGGAUAUUCCUUCUGGGUAUCGGCAAAUGUUCCUCAACGAAACAGAUUCAAGGAACUCAUUCAGAUAAACGGUGGUACAGUUGUCCUUCUGGAAAAGGACGCAGACAUCAAGCUUGUUGAUCAUGCAAAACGAGACAUCCCACUCAACUCGCAUUCAUACACCUUUAUUGAGAAAUCAAUCAGGAAUGGCCGACUGGAAGAUCCAGAGGACCACCGAGCCGGCCAAAGGAAUCGUCCAGUUGGAGCAGUCGGAGUACCUGCCCGAAGUUCCAGGACACCCUUUUCACUACAGGAUGAUCAAAUUCUCUGGGAUUGGGUACAGCCCUAUGAGGCACGUGGGGAUCAGACUGCUGGCAAUAUUAUUUACCAGCGACUUGCUGAACAGAAUCCCAGACACACAUUUCAGUCAUGGCGGGAUCGCUACGUGAAGAAACUUCGGGGGAAACCCCGUCCAGGCGGUCCAGCACAGGGUGCUGGAUCACCUGCGCCUGAUCCAAAAGCUACAACAACCCAAGUGUCAAAACCAGGUUCAGGUGCUGCCCAUUCCGACACAAAACGAAACGGCCAUGCUGCUCAAACUUUUCAAGGAAAAGCAGCAGGUUUCAAACGCGACCGGCUAUCUUAUGAAGGCACUUCAACAAUUUCAAACCUUGAAGUUGAUCAUGCGGCUAAAAAGAGACGAAGAGCCACGGAUUACAUACCCCGAAAUGAUCCCCCUUCGUCCAACGAAGCUGAUAUCGAUCCGCAACUGGAAACAACAGAUGAAUCACAAUCAGCAAAAUAUGAAACAGCAUCUCAAUUUCCGCUCGCAUCAGACAGUCAAACAUCGGGUAUAUCUCAACUUGAUGGAGAUACACUCGUACCACUAAUGACAGAAGGAGAAGAAAUCAACACCAACGGCAACGCCGAAGCCCUCGAAGCCUGGAUCCAAAAACGGAUAGACGACGGCCGAAACAGUGACCAUAUUCUUCUCGCUCUCAGUUGUACAUCUAUGAACGCCGAGCUCGCAGAUAAAGUCUUGGAUCUGCUGAACGCGGGAAAGGGGAUUCCAACGGAUAUGCCUGGAGUCUGGACGGAAGAAGAUGACAAAGCCCUUACAGGUCAGGAUGGGAGGGCUAUGGAACGUGUAAUGCAGAAACACGGCUCAGAGGCUUUUGAUGAGCGGUGGCAGUUCCUUGAGCAAAGUGCCAGGGCAACAGAGCUGGUUUCUCAGGGAGGUCAAUAAAUGAAACUAUUUGCACUGCCGGCAUCUCAAUGCAAUGGACGGAUAUGAUUAGUCACAAUUUAGUAUCGAUAUACCAAUUAGCACUUCAGAAAUCAAGCCAUUUCGGUUAC